AACAUGAUCUUCAAUUGCGAGCUUGCUCCAUCUCGGCAGACCUUUCCUACAUUCGGAUCUGCUAUGGUCGGAUAAAGAAAUAUCCGACAUGGUAUGCUGCAUACCGUCGGCAAAUCGCCGCGCCACAUAGCAAAGUGUGCUGGUGGUGACUGCUUCGAGUUUUGUUCUCCUUCUCGACGUAAUUAGCAAUGUCGAAAAGCGAUGGAAACGUUCUUGAGUCAGAGAAGGCGAUCCAGGACUCGGAACGAGCGGUGGUUGCGCAUCAGGCUUACGACGAGAAAGAUGAAGAACUGGCGGCGGUGAGGACCGCGGAUUCUGUGCGCGAGCUGCCGUUUUCGAAGGCGCGGUGCGUGGCUCUAGUAGCAACGAUUGCUGCUGCGCCUUUCCUGAGUACAAUGGCUGUGCAAGCCACCGUCAUCAUAUUGCCUACCAUAGGUGAAGCCCUGGACAUACCGACCAGUCGGCAACAAUGGAUUGUCUCAGCGUUCAGUCUCACAUUUGGAUGUUUCCUCCUUCUAUGGGGCCGUUUGGCAGAUGUAUACGGCAGACGCCUUAUUUUCCUAUGGGGAUCUGUAGCCUUUACUAUCACCUCAAUCAUACCACCCUUCAUCAGCAACGAAAUUGGGUUUAAUGUUUUCAGAGGUCUGCAGGGUCUUGCCGCAGCGGCUAUGGCCCCAACUGCAUUGGGCAUCCUGGGAGUUACUUUUCCGCCGGGCAAAAUGAAAGACAUUGCAUUUGGAUGUUAUGGGGCAGGAGCACCUUUAGGCGGGAUCUUCGGUAACAUAUUCGGCGGCGUUGUCGCAGAAUAUCUUAACUGGAAAUGGGUCUUUUGGAUCUUCGGCAUGGUUUCCGCCAUGUGUACUGUCGCAAGUUACUUCGUCAUCCCUCUCCCACCGAUUCAAGACGAGCCAGUCAUGCGAAACACGGUGGAUUGGAUAGGCGGAACGCUCAUCACAGUCAGUCUCAUCAUCCUACUCUUUGCACUUUCCGAAGGCAACGUCGUGGGUUGGAGGACACCAUGGGUGCCUACACUCAUCAUCGUCUCUCUCCUCAUGGUGGUUGCAUUCGGCUUUUGGCAGCACUACCUCGAGACCAAAACGCAGAGACGCCCGCUCAUGAAACUGUCGAUAUUCAAAAAUAGAAAGUUCACAGCUGCUAAUGUGGUAAUGGCGUUGUUUUUCUCGUCAUUCAACAACUAUAUCAUCUUCGCGACCUACUGGUUCCAGGACUUUCAGGGCCUCUCAGUCAUCCAGACAACGCUUCGAUUCAUUCCAAACGGAGUUACUGGAGUUCUUGUGGCUUUGAUCACAGGUCAGAUACUCUCUCGCGUCCGCGGCGACGUCAUCCUUGCGUUCAGUAACAUCUGCGUCAGCAUGUCUUCUUUGCUUUUCGCCAUUCCAAUCCCAACUCACACCACAUACUGGGCGUAUGGGUUUCCUGCCAUGGUAUUAUCAGUCUGCGGUGCCGAUACAAUAUUCCCGACACUCACGCUCUUCGUGGCCAAAACGCUGCCGCACGAGGAUGCGUCUCUCGGAGGCGCCUUGAUCUCUGCGGUAGGCCAGAUUGGGCGUGCUAUUGGGCUUGCCAUUGCAACAGCAGUGCAGACUGCGAUUAUUGCAAAGAAAGAGGGUGUCGGCGUUGAGGAGGUCGGUAGUAAUGGUCACGUAUUGGGGCACUGGGACGAUGCGCUUAAGAUCGGUAUUAGAGGAACGGCUUGGUUCAACUUUGGUAUGAGUCUUGCCUCGUUGGGCGUUGUGUUGGUAUUUAUUAGAGGUAUUGGCAUCAUUGGAGGAGGGAAGCGUUGAAAGGCCAUUCGAACGCUCUGCGGCUAGGGACACCGCAGCAAUCAUUCCAAAAGCCCGUGUCUUCCAACUGGGCUUCAUGCAACAUUCCAAAUAGAUAUCACACGUGGUUUACGAUCAGUGAAAGCCAUCGAAUCGGGAAACAAGUUAUCUACCAAAAUUGCCCUUUGAAGUUUUGUCCAUAUUAUAUAAAAACUUUCAAUGUCCG